GGAAAGGUAAAAAAGAGGGUUGCCCGAACUGGAUCUCUCUUUCUUCGUCGCUUCUCUUCGCUUCGUCUCCCCAUCUCUCUGCUGCUUGCUCCGUCUUACUGAACCAUGGCGCUCUCGCUGGGAUCCUCCUCCUCCCUCUCCCUCGCAAGCCCCUUUUCGGCUCUUCCCGGUCAAGCCGCUAAACCUCCCUCCAUCAGUAGCAGUGCAGCAGGCAAGAUUUUUCUCAACACCAAGAGUAUUGAGAAGAAACAUUUACGUCAGUUUCAAAAAGCUACCAAGGUACUCUCAUACUAUGGCCUGACAAGCCCUCCGUAUAAGCUGGAUGCGCUGGAGCCUUACAUAAGCAGGAGGACCCUGGAACUACAUUGGGGCAGUAUUCAUCGAGGAUAUGUAGAUAGCCUGAACAAGCAACUUGCCAAGAGCACCUUGUAUGGAUGCACAAUGGAGGAAUUGAUCAAAACCACAUUCAACAAUGGCAACCCACUACCCGAGUAUAAUAAUGCUGCUGAGAUAUGGAACCAUGAUUUCUUCUGGGAAUCUAUGCAACCUAAUGGCGGGAAAUUGCCCUGGGGAGGUCUACUUCAGCAAAUUGAAAAGGACUUUGGCUCGUUUUCUAACUUCAGAGAUGAGUUUGUACAAACAGCAAUAACAUUUUUUGGAUCUGGUUGGGUGUGGCUUGUCUUGAAAACUAAUGAAAAAAAGCUCUCCAUAGUUAAAACAUCAAAUGCAGUCUGUCCUCUUGUUUGGGGUGAUAUUCCAAUCAUCAACCUGGACAUGUGGGAGCAUUCAUACUACUUGGACUACAAGGAUGACAUAAGCAAAUAUGUUAACAAUUUCAUGGAUCAUCUUAUUUCGUGGCAUUCGGCCACUGGCCGUAUAGUUCGUGCAGAGGCUUUUGUGAAUCUCGGGGAACCAAAAAUUCCAGUUGCAUGAGAAGCUGGAGUUCUUUAUCCUUGCAAUGGAUUUCACUACCUGCGCAACUGAAAUCUACAGAUUAUUCAGGAACUAAGUCUGAUGAUUUCAAACACAAAAAUGUUGUUAGGAACUGUAGAAUCAAGAGUAUGUGCUGGGUUUAUUAGUGCUUCACCUAAAGGAGCAAUCUGCAUGAGAUAGGCCAAAUUAACAAAGUUCAUGCUAUGCCCGAUCACAAGUGAGCGCACAUGCUACCUGACCCCUGAGGAAGCUGCAUUUAUGGAAGUUGAGAUCGGUGGAACUACACAUGAUGCCUAUGGAAACACAGGUCGAUGCAACCAUACACAAUCAGAUUGUAGACAGUCAAGCCUUCAUUGUAGGAUAUGGACACAGUGUAGGUUGUGGAGGUUUGAUUUCUGAGAAGUGACAACUGGUUAUUGUGAAGGGAACCUGAUUGUGUUCCAUCGUGUGAGCAAAUAGUCAUGAACUAAAUCAUAGAAGAUAAAUGGGACUGCAAUAGGUUCGGGUGAUGAGUUUAGUGGUCUAUAUCACACUCAGGAAGGUAUGAAGAGUUUUCCUUUCUUUAAGUCAAUAUAGCUUUAACUAUUUAUUUUGCCAUGAAUGUGAUGUUAUAUAUAGGUUAGAAAAAAGCAGGGCAAGCAUCAUCCAGUGCAAACAUCUACACCUAGGAUGCAAGAUAUAAAGUUCCCUUAAAACAGUUCGAUCUCCUUCCUAUUUCUCUUUGGACAGAAGGUAGGACAAAGAAUAAAUGAAGUGAGGCCUACCAAUACUCUCAAUCAUUGGAAGGUUCACUCCCUACUUUCUCCUCCCAUAACCCACAACUUUUGGACUCAAUAUCAAGCCCAAACACUUGACAACUUGGUUCAAAGCCAACUUUGAUGAGAGGUUGCAGAACCCACUUGAGAGUAAGCCAUAUGGUUUGGAUGAUGAUGAGUGAAGUUGGAGGGUAUUUAAUAUUUAUAGAAUCAUCUAAGAAAAUUUUUAACCUUUUUUUUUUUUGUGAAUUUAAGAGGUAUUUUCUUCAAAAAAUUUCAGGUUGAUUUGGUAAUGCUGUUGGGUUGUGUUGUGCUUGUGUCUUGGCACGACUAUGCAAAGUUGUGUUAUGGAAGGGCCAAACCUUUUGACACUUCCACGCACAACGGAGUUCUUCCAUAAGCUUCUGAGCGUAAGAGCUAUAAGCAUUGUUCCUGUAGAAUGUGGUGACCAAGUCACUGGAGGAGACCACACGAUCAUAGGCAAUGCUAUGCCACAUCACAAUGGAGUCGAUAUCUAGACACAAUCUGAUUACAGAUAGUUGAUUCUUCAUGGAGGAAGACAUGGGCAGUCAAGGUUAUUAAGGAUAUGAUUCUCGAGAAGCCAUGGCUCAUGAUCAAACAAGGAUAUGUUUCAAUAUUGCAUGAAUUUUGUAGGAAUCACGAUCUAAAUCGCUGUGGAGAAGUGUGGCCUCGAUGGGUUUCAGUGACAUUAUUGUGGACCCAAAUUGCACCCGGGAAGUCCAUGUCAUUGGAAGCAACUCUUAGAAUACUUUUCCCAAUAUUUCCAUGACUAUGAUGCUACAACACAAAAAUCAGCCACAGGCAAGGACUGUCAUCAUUUAGUAAAAACAAUUAUACUAUAUGCCUCGUGGUGUGAGUUCCCUCAAGUUAGUUCUUCAAUCACUUUCUCCUCUUCCACUCCAGUCAUGUCAAUCAUCAGUCAGAAAGUUUCCUCCUAGAUUAUCCUCAUAAGCUAUCCACCCUCUACUUAAUCUCAAACCAAGCACCUUACAAGAAUCCUCCGUGAAGACAAUGCCUGAGCUCAGAGUCAGGAGAUGGAUCACUUUUUUGAUCUAGGGGAUGUGUCACUUGUAUUUGCGGUCGGAUCGUGAUCGCGAUUCAGCCGCAAAUGGUUGCGAUCCUUUCUUGGGUUCAUCGUCCCUAUCAGGUUAUAGUUUUUGUUCGGAGCGGACGGUCGGAGGCCGCCCGGAGGACAUUCUCGCUCGGCGCCCAGUAACCUGGCCACUUAUCCACCACCGGAGGCCUCCGGGUGGCCUCCGGCCGUUCGCUUCCGAACAAAAACUAUAAUCUGGUAGGGACUGUGAAUCCAAAAAGGGAUCGCAACAAUUUGCGGUCGGAUCGCGGCCACGAUCCGAUCGCAAAUACGAGUGGUACAUCUUCCGGAUUAUAAAAAAGUGAUCCAGGGGAUCUGUGCUCCUGAGCUCAUACACUCACCACAUUGGUAAUCUUAAAGGUAAUUUUUUGGAAUGGUUGGAUACGAGUCCAUUCACACUGAUUCCAGCCAAAUUAUUUACAGCCCACUGCACAUCUAAAACAUAUUACCUGAACAAUACAGCUGCUUCUCCCACAUCAAAUGACUAUAUGAGCUAAUAUUGCCUUUGCUAUUUUU